ACCAGGACCCCUUCAAGCAGGACAUCAUUCAGUAUCAUAGAUAAGAGACAGGGAUACAUGGCAAUGGUGAAGCACAGCCCAGUGAGCCAGAAUUCGACCAGACCCUCAUGGACUAUAGCACCAACCUCCUCCACUCCGCCAGAAGCCGAUGAAUCUGUGUCGCAUACUGUGACUGGAAGCCUUCAUGGAGCUAUUGGGGAACACAGACGCAGUAGUCGCUCAUCAUCGGUGUCCUCAGGUGGUUCCAGCACUAACAGUGCAGAAGGGAAUGAUGCCGUUCGCCAGCAUACACAGAACAGGUUGAAUGGGAUCAGCUCUUCUCACCUGCACAGUCAGGACCUGGCUCUGGAGCAGUCACUGGGCUCUGGGAAUAUGCCGACCAUGGAGAAGAAAGAUCCGUCAGACAUUCUUUCUGGGAAAGAUGGCAGGCUGGUGAGUCAUUUUUCUGUCAAAAAUUUCAUUAACCCUGGUUGCCCAGAGAACUUGUCCCAGAAUUUGAGUUUUGUGUGCAUAUCUUCGCUUCCCGACCUGGAACCAAGGGGAACUAGAACAUCCCCUGAAAUGUCCGAACAGUUUGGUGCUAAACUUGGCAACUCUGACCUAAGCCCGUUUGGUUAUUUCAUGGGAUCACAGAACAGUUUGGACACACCAAAACUUGGACGUCCAAUCACAGGUCAGAAUAGUGUCUCCAACAGCUUUUCUCCAUCAGGAUUGAAUCAGACACCAGAAGUCGACUUGCGGAGGCUGCUAAAUGAACCAAUGUUCUCCCCGGGUCCAUUUGCUAAUGCCAGCCAAGACAUGCAGCAUAUGAGCAUUCCUAACUACUUUGAUUUUCCAAACAACUCGCCGAAUAUGCCGCCUUCUUCAGAUACUGAUCUAGGACUUUUCAUGCCCAAUUUUCAGCCUUCACGCUCCAACUCAAAUUACGGUAGAGGUAGUUUUAGCGGUGGUUCUCAAACAGGAUUCACAAAUCCAAAUAGCAAUCAGUUCUCCUCAAAUUACUUCAACGGAGGGCAAGCAGUCAGCAACAGAAACAGCAGAAGUGGCUUCUAUUCCCCUCCAGGAGUGCCUACAGUUUCAGGCUUCAGCAAUGCUACAGGAUACUAUUCUCCAUCGAGGCAGAGCACUGAGUACUUCACCACAUCAUCAGGGAGUUUCCAAGCAUUUAGUUCACAGGAUUUUAGCCUGCCCCCUCCAGCUCAACCUUGGCGAGGCAGUGGUUCGUCGUACAUGAUGGAGUCUGUUCACAAGCGAAUCACUUGUGAGUCAUGCAAUAAGCACUACAAGUGGCCACAUGUUCUUGAAUGUCUUCACGUCUACUGCUUCCCAUGCAUGACUGCCAAGUACGAUCCAGUGGACAAGAGUAUAGUAUGCCCUGAAUGUUCUCACAAGACCUCACUGAUCAAUGGGCCCUGCUCCCUGAAGCUAGACUACCAGGGGGCUAAAUUCAUGAGAGAAGUCAAUGCCUUCCCAUUUAACUGCACAGCAUGCACCAGGGACAUGGAAGCCGUGAUCUGUUGUACUACUUGCAUGGCUUAUCUGUGUUCUGAAUGUCGCGAUGGGCACAGAAACAUGAAUCAGUUCCAGAAUCACACACUGCUACCAAUUACAAAGGUCGGAAGGACGGAUGAUGGAGAGUAUACAGCAUUCUGUGAGAAACAUCCUGUGGAGACCUUGUCUAAAUACUGCUGUGUCUGCGAGUGCAUGAUCUGCUCCGUGUGUAUUACUGACCAUAAGCAUCCAGACUAUCCUAACAACAUCAGUGGCAGCCAUACUUUGGAGGAGAUAUACCCCAUUGUCGUGGAAAGGCUCAACAAUUGGAAUGAAGAUGCCCAUAUCAAAGCCAAAGAUGUGGCUGACAUGGCAAAGCAAGCCCCACUUAAUAUGCAACACAUAGAGAGCAAGAGAAGAAGCUGCCGGAAGCAAAUCGAUGAAUAUGCUGAUUACUGCAAGACUGUUGUAGAGCAGAACCGCCAGGCUGCAUAUGAACUGUUGGACAAGACAAUUGCUCAGAUGGAGAGUGAUUCACUAGCCUGGACCACUACUGCAAGCAAAAUAACCAAGGAGUUGGAAGCAGUGACUGCAUUCAACACACGUACUGUUCAGUAUGGUUCUCUUUCUGACACUCUAGGCCUGUUGGAAUUGAUGGAAAGUGCCUACAAGAGAUGUGUGGAGCAUUACUCCAGCAUUAUCAAGAACAAUGAGAGCAUCAAGAUUGACCUAAAGUUUGAUCCAAACUAUAAAGAAUCUCAUGCGGUGCUGAACCAGAAUUUCCUCUCCAUCAGCUACUCUGUCAACGGGGUAGAGCAUAAGGUGUUGCCAACAUCAGGUAACUCAAGAGGGGAGCUCACUCGAGGUCGCAGUUUCUCUGAUUACACCGUCGCUGGCUCCGAGAACUCUGAUUGUAACUACCAGCGUUGGUCAGCUGCCCCAGACUCCAUGUCCAUCUCCACUUGGAACAAUGUGAAUGACAGGGAUCGAAAGAGCGGCACCUUUAUUCCACACUUAAACCGUUGCCGCACCAAGACUUCCUACAUCCACAUGUUUGGAGAAUAUGGUCGUGGAGAGUAUGCAUUUACGGAGCCCAGUGGUCAAGCAUAUCUCAAAGAUGGUUCAUAUGUGAUAUGUGAUACCAACAAUCACCGAAUAGUGUACUACAAUGCAAAGCAUGAACAUGUACGUACUAUUGGUCAGCCUCCAAAUCUGCCACCAGUGGCCGAGGAACAAGAGCAGCGAAGUAACGGACCUAGAGGCAAAGGAUUCGCACGCCAGGAUGGGUACUUGUACUUCCCCAAUCGAGUGGCAAUUUGUCCCAUCACUCAAAACAUAGUAGCCACUGAGAGGCCACCAAGCCAUGAUGUUCAGAUCUUUACAGUUACCGGAGAGUUUGUGCGCUGUUUUGGCGGCAACAUUUUGCAGCACCCAAGAGGUGUGACUGUCGAUGAGGAUGGCAUUAUCAUUGUAGUGGAGUGCAAGGUCAUGAAACUGGUGAUGUUCAACCAGGAUGGCAGCUUCAUCGUGUCACAUUCCCUGACCAAGGAUCUGGAGUUCCCUAAUGAUGUUGCAGCCAAGGAUAGUAAGAUCUUCAUUAGCGACAACCGGGGGCAUUGUGUUCAAGUGUUCAACUACAAUGCAGAGUUCUUAUACAAGAUUGGUAAUGAGAGCAUCACCUACUUUCCUAUUGGUGUUUCCAUCAACCAUCUCAACCAGGUGGUCGUUACUGACAACCACAACACAUUUAACAUCACAGUGUUCGAUAUGAAUGGCACAGUGCUGCACAUCUUUGAGUCGGUCAGCAAGCUGGCACAGUGUCACAACGUGGCUGUCCACCCUUCCAACUUGGAGUUGAUGCUGACCACCAAAGACUGCAGCGUCUACUUCUUCAACUACGACCCCAAUGUUGCACAUCCUCUCACACCUCCAGCCAGUCGAGGAUCCGGACACCUGGGCGCAGGAUCGGCAAUCGCUCGGCGCCCCCGCGGCAGUGGAAAUGGGAGUUCUACAAGCUCUUCAUUUUACUGA